CUCUCUCCAUUCUACAUCUCUCCUUUCCUCCUCCCCCUCCCUUAUUCUCCCCUCCUUUCCACUUUUCUCUCGUCCGCUGCCCUCCCCCCAGGGCUCUGGCCGGUCCCCAGCGGAGCCGAGUACCCGUCGGGCUUCCGCGGUUGUCUGCCUGGCGUUAGCCAGCUUCUGCAGCGCGGAGAGGAGGGCGGCGCCGGCCUGCACGGCCCGCCGGUGCUCGAGCGCGCGGGCGGCAGCACCAUGGACAGCGCCAGCCCCGGCCCGGAGGCGCCCGAGCGGCGCGGCCCCUCCGCGCCCCCAGUUUGGGCCCCUGCUCCGGCCGCCGGCGGAUCGCGGUCCCCGCCACCCCGGCGCCUCCUCUCUGGCGGCCUCCCCGGCGCCUCCACCAGCAUCCCGGCGCCGCAGUCGACUUCUUGCCGCUUCGCGGAGAGCCCGGGGCCGGGGCUGCGCUUGUGGCGACCCUGGUGAGGCUCAGAUGCGGCCUCGGACUCAAGGGGACCCUCGUCUGGCCUGAGGAUGCAGAAACUGUUUUGAACGGCCGGGACCCCAGGCGUAGGUUCUGAUCCCAGGACGGGGUGACCGGGAGAGGGCCGCGUCUCUGCUAACUCGGGGAAAUACACGAAACUAUGAUUGGACCGGGUUCUGAGCGUCUAGGCAUAACCGCAUCC